GCUUGACAAUUUAUAAUAAUACAAGGUUACGACAAUUGCUUCGAGAGCUUCAAAAACCUUCAUUUUUGAAGCGCUAAUUAUUUGGGCCGUCGCUAACGGUAAUUAAAGCACACAAAUUUUUGCCGGAACGCCGAAAUAGCCGAUUUUACAUUUACAACUGCACUGAUUCUUGUAUCCAUGGUUACGAAAUUAAUUCAAGGGAACGAAAUGUGAGUGUUGACAAAUUUUGGGCGUUUUAUUUUUUGGGUGAAAAUUUGUGCGGCGCACACUGGAGUCUACAGACUCCAGGCUUUUCGAAAAUUAAGGUUUUUCAGUCGUCUAAGCAAUUGUCGCAACCUUGUAAUACUAAAGUUGUCAAGCAACCUUGGAUUUUUAUGUAAACUGGUUUUGAAGAGUUUUUAAUUAUUUUUCUAAAUUUUAGAAUAUACAUGUAUAGUUUAAAAGAAUAUCAUUGAUGGCUAUAUCACCAGAUAACAACGUGACACAACAUCAGAAAGGAGCAAUGGCUACAGAGCACCGGAAGUGGCGACUCUUUGUUGGGAACUUGGCCGAAACUGUGAAGCAAGACGAACUCAAAGAAAAGUUUGAGUUGCUUUUAAAAGGGGGGUCAAGACCAAAUCAAGAAGACGUUCGGGUCGGGAAUGUAGAAAUUAGGUGUAAAAAUGAAGAUAAUUAUUUCGGCUAUGUCGACAUUCAUGGGUCUGGAGGGAGUAAUAGUGGCACACUACCUCCUCCUCAUUUGCAUAAAGUAAUCGACCUAAUGAACAAUACCAAAUGGAAAGGAACUCUUAUCAAAGUGCAAUUGGCAAAGGAAAGUUUUCUAGAUAAGUUAAAACGAGAACGAGCAGGUGAAUCCUCCUCCACCGCUUCGACAAACUUAUCUCCACAAAAACCUAAUUAUCAAAACAAUAGGGAUGCAACUGCUCCACGAAAAUUUGUGACCCCGAGAAAACCAGAUAAUUUUGAUUUUGAAAUUGUAUCUAAUGCUGCUGUUGGAACGAGGAAAACAUUUCCCGGCUCUGAUGAAAAUGACAAGGAAAGUGAAAACGAAAGUGAAGAAGAUGACUUUCAUGAGGAAGCCGGAAUCCCAAAAUUUAAGGGACUUUGUGCCUUCGGAUUUGGACAGUCGCAACAACUGAAUACAUCCCUUCCAUUGUUGACAGGAGCUGAUUUAAUUAAUGGCCCACCUCCGACUAAGCCUGUCCCCAAAGAAUCACCUUCCGAAGAUGACCAACAGACAACUUUAUCUGAAGAAGAUAAGGCUCGGUUCGAAAGGUUUCAGAGAAUUGCUGGUUAUCCUGUCGCCAUCACUAGUGGGUCAAGAUCAAAAUCAGAAACUCCGCGUGAAUUUGGAGUACCAGUGAAGAAAUUACCAGCCAAUUUAGACGUCAAGCCACAUCAGAGGUUGUUUCAAGAGGACUCGAAAACUUCAAGACCAAUCUUCCCACCACCAGCUUCAGGGAAUAUCCUCGCUCUCAACGCAGCUGCGGCUGACGCGCCGAAGGGUGUCGUGUUCAGAAAACACAAGCAGCAGAACUCUGAUCUACUGAGACAACAAUCGCUCCAUAAAAAUCAAGAAAUAAAGGCCCAACAACAUAACAUCAUUAAAAAUUAUUUAUCUCAAAGCAAUAUCAGUAACAAUUUUACAUCUUCUGACGAUCCGUCACUAAAUUCAGCCAAGAAACCUAAAAUGGAUCUCUUCGGGGGUGGUGAUGAUGACCAAGAUGACGAAACAGGUCACGAAUUUAAGCUGAAAAAGCAGUAUGAGGGUGCCGGGGGACAGCGCCUUCUUGAACUUCGUGGCAAGUGGGGUUUUGAUGAACGAUUCAACAUUGACGAGCGGUUCAAGGAUGGUGGCGAGGAUAUAGUUUUACCAACGGAUGCAGAGAAACAGACACAAAUGAAUAUUUUAAGCGAUGUUCUCGGUACCAACGUAUCUCUACAACCAAAACCAUUUGACCACAAGAAAAGGGACAAGUCUACCUACAAUUCGGUUUUGAUUGAUCGAUACGACCCUGACAUGGACACAGAUCCACUUCCAAAAUCUGAGGAAACGACUCUGGAUGAACCAAAAACCACAGUUAAAUCAAAACCUAGUAGUAAAAAGUCUGAAACUCCGGCAGAACCUCCCAUCAGAUCCAGUGAACCUGCAACUUACAAAACUGCAUCCAAUCUGAAGUCUUUAUUUUCUUCUGAAGAUAAUAAUAGUAGUCAGACUAAAGAUGCAGGAUUCAGCUUGAUAGCCAAGUUUGGAGGUGAAAUCGAUGAACAUUUUGAAAAAGAUCAAGUAGACAAAGGUUCAUCCAGUAGUGCUGCUGGUGCCCCUAGACAAUUCUGGGAGUCCAACCCCUUCAAGUACGACUCCUCGGAUGAUGAGGACGACAAUGUCGAUGGGACAAAAAAACGUAAAAAGAAGAAUUCUACAGUUUCACCAACUGAAGAACUUGCACCAGCAGCAGUAAUUCCAAAAUGUGAAUUCUUUUUUCGAGCCAAAGAUCCCCGAUUUGUUGGACUCGACUCCUACUUUCUAAAGAGAGACGAAAUGGAUGCGAGGAUAGAUUACGAUGAGAAAAGACGCGAACUGAGAUCCAUUGUGAAGGCAAAGGCGAGAAACGCUAAGAGGAAGGACGAGAAGAGGACAAUCGCUAUCAAAAGAGCGAUCAGAAAGAAGAGGAAGUAUCGCAAAACUUUAAUAAAAUCUAGCAGUAGUAACGCCACGAAAUUGGGAGGUGCAGCGACUGGUGGUUCUUCAGGUUAAGAGUUAGCAAAAUUAGAUUUAAAACAUCUUAAUUGUGACUAUUUUUGACAACUUGAUUAUAAUAAAAUAGUGUUUGAUGAUUGCCAA